UAUCCCUUAGACACUCUAAAAUUUGUGACGUUUUUUUUUUUGCUGUUUCCAAAUUCAUGUUUAUAGUUUUAGAGACCUAGACUACAAGAUCCAUCCCAUGAUAUUGUGAAAUAAAAAUAAUUGUUAAAAUGUCUUCUGCACCUAUUGCAGAAAGAAAUCAAGAUGCUACAGUUUAUGUUGGUGGCCUUGAUGAAAAAGUGCAAGAAAAUAUCUUAUGGGAACUAUUCUUGCAAGCAGGCCCUGUAGUGAAUGUUCACAUGCCAAAAGACAGAGUCACUCAGUCACACCAGGGCUAUGGCUUCAUUGAGUUUAUGAGUGAGGAAGAUGCUGAUUAUGCCAUAAAGAUCAUGAACAUGAUUAAACUAUAUGGCAAACCCAUCAGAGUCAACAAGGCAUCAGCCCAUACAAAAAGACAAGACAUUGGUGCUAAUAUUUUUAUUGGAAACUUAGAUCCUGAAGUAGAUGAAAAAUUACUGUAUGACACAUUCAGUGCUUUUGGAGUUAUUUUACAGACACCCAAGAUAAUGCGAGACAGAGACUCUGGCAACUCUAAAGGUUAUGCCUUCAUUAAUUUUGCAAGCUUUGAAGCAUCCGAUGCUGCCAUUGAAGCUAUGAAUGACCAAUAUCUCUGUAACAGGGCCAUCACCAUUUCUUACGCUUUCAAAAAGGAUGCCAAGGGAGAACGAUGUGGUUCAGCAGCAGAGCGUUUGUUGGCUGCACAAAAUCCUUUGUCUUUAACGGGCAGACCUCACCAACUGUUUGCUGAUGCUCCUCCACCUCCGUCACAGCCACCACUGGCUCCUGGUGUACCUGGGCUUGUACCUCCUCCACCUCCACCCAUGGGGCUCACACCUGGCAUGCCCCCUGUCAUGCCUGGAAUGGGUACCAUGCCUCCAAUGGCACCACCACCGCCAGCCCCUUCACCUUUACCUCCACCUGGUAUGCCACAGAACUAUCCAAUGGGCAUGCAGGGAAUGCCACCUCCACCAAUGCCCCCUGGACAAAAUUUCCAGGGCAACCAGAUGAUGCCCCGUCCUCCACCACCACCUAUGACUGGGCCUCCUGGUAUGGAUUACACUGGAGGUCAAAUGAUGAACAAUUCAAACAACAUGAUGAAUCCACAGAUGCAAGGAAUGCAGAACAUGGGACCACAAAGCCAAAUGAAUUAUGGUGGUCCACCACCCCCUGGCAUGAGGCCACCUCCGGCAGGAUGGAGAGGCCCGAUGCCGCCCAGAGGACCUCCAAUGGGUUUUGGCCCACCACCACCCAACAUGAGAGGACCUCCAAUGAACAACAAUAUGAUGAAUGGCCCCCGGGGCCCAAUGCCACCAAGAGGUCCCAUGAGAGGACCACCACCAGGAAUGAGGCCACCCCCACCACGGUUCACAGGAGCUGGAGGCAGUGGGGACAUGGGUAACCCAGGCAACAUUGAAUAUUAGUUUGAUCUAUCAGGUGCACAGAUGGCUUAAAUGGAACAGUGUAAAUGUGAUUUGUUGAUGUUUUUAUUAUUAAACACAUUUUUUAAAAAAUCAAAA